AGUGACAUCUAUAGUUUUGGUGUCCUGCUGUUAGAAGCAGUUACUGGAAGGGAUCCAGUAGACUAUGGUCGGCCUGCAAACGAGGUUAAUCUGGUUGAGUGGCUGAAAAUGAUGGUAGGCAAUAGAAGAGCUGAAGAAGUUGUGGAUCCAGACCUUGAAGUUAAACCCACAACACGUGCUCUAAAACAUGCCCUUCUUGUUGCCCUUAGGUGUGUUGAUCCUGAGUCAGCAAAACGACCCAAAAUGAGUCAGGUUGCUCAAAUGCUUGAAGCUGAUGAAUCCCCUUACCAUGAGGAUCGGAGGAGCAGGAGGCGCCGUACAACCAGCAUGGAAAUUGAACCCAUGAAGGAGAGUUGUGGUUCAGCAAACAUGGAAACUAUAGUAGGGGAAUCAUCUGAGACAAUUAAUGCAUAGUGCUGACACACAUGACAGGGUUGAAUAUUUGGCUUCUCACCUUUCCCUUCAAUUCAUAUCAUACAUUUUCGAAGUUCGUUUUGGAAAGAUUCCUCCUUGUUAGGGCAAUUGGACUAAUUGAGGAUAGCCCAUUUGAAUUCUUGAAGGUCUGGCUGUUGUUUCAAUGCUGUUUGAUCUGCAUAUAGGUACCAAGUGAAGAAGGGAGCUGCCCAUUCAUUCAUUCAUAUGAGAGAGAGAGAAAGAGAGAGAGAGCUGAACAGAUGUGUUUUGGUCAUAUGGGCAGUGUCUUUGUAGAUGAUCAGUACCCUUUUUAUCCUUUGUGUCUCUUCACUUGACCACUCUAAUGGGAUGGUGAAAAACUUUCCAUUUGGCUUUUUAACCUAUUUUUUUUUUCCUUUUGAUAACUUGUUUAUUUACCCUUUUGUAACAGCCAUUAAAGAAUUGAAGCAUUGAUCACAUCCUUCACUGAAUUUUGUUUUAUCCCUUCACCUCAUUUCUUGCACCAUGGCGGACUCUAUCCUAUCUAUCUUCUUGUCUCUCUG